GUUUACAUAAUUUUUUCUUGGUUUCGGUGUGUGCUUUUUCAUUUAUAUACGAUUCCGAAAAAGUUCCUGAAGUGUUUAAACCUGAUUUCAAUUACAAGGUGCUAGAAUAAUAAUUUUGUAAUAAAUUAUGCACGAUGGAAGUAGACGAACAUAAGUCAACAGAAUCGGAUAAUUUACCGGAUGAAGUGGAACUUUUUCCAUAUCAGGUAGCUGGUCACAAACAUGGGAAAGGCAGGUUAGGAUUAGGAAUUUUGAAACAUAAGAAUGGACAAAUAUUGAAACCAUUGUUUGAAGACAAUGGCAGGGCAGAAAAAGAGUUGUCAUUUUAUGACAGUGUUUACAAAAAUAGUAGUGCUGACCCACUUCUUGAAGAACUUAAAUAUUUUCUUCCUAUUUUCUAUGGCACAAAGAACAUAUAUAUUUCUGGCAAAGAUAUCAAAUACUUAUGUUUAGAAGAUGCUUGUGGGGCUUUCCAGAAUCCUUCACUACUUGAUUUGAAGAUUGGACGCAUAACUUAUGAUGAAGGAGCCAGUAAAGAAAAGAUUGGGGAACAGAAAGCAAAGUUCCUACAUGGAGAAGCAAGUGGAGUUCGAAUUGUUGGCAUGAAGGUAUAUGAUGAAGAGACACAGAUUUAUUUUACUCCAGAUAAAAUGAUUUUUAGACAGUUGACACCUGAUGGCGUAGCAUCUUCCUUGAAAUUGUAUUUCACUAAAGACAGAUUUAUAAAUAGUUUGCUUCUUUGUGGAUUCAUUCACAAGUUAUCUCAACUGAAAAGUUGGUUUUCAAGACAAAGAAAAUUCAAAUUCAUCGGAAGUUCUAUAUUAUUUGUGUAUGAAGGAACAUUAUCAUUCUGGAAGGAAUGGAUUAAAAAUAUGUACAUUUCUGAUGAUCAAAAUGCUUCUAGAGAAUGUAAAAAAAAUUUCAAUGAUUGUUCUAUAUUAAAGCCAGGAAUAAAUGGCACAUGUACUUUAUGUGGACUAGAUAAAUAUGUAUGUACUGAAGUACUGACAAAAUGCAAUUUAUUUCGUAUAGUAAUGAUUGAUUUUGCUCAUGUUUCUUGUUCUGAAAAGGAAGAUACAAAUUACCUAUUUGGUUUACAUAAUCUUAUUAACUAUUUUAAAAAUUUAUUAGAUGUACAAACAACAGAUUCUUAAUUUAAUGUAAAUUAUGUUUCUCUUCAUUGUUUUAAAAUUGAGUGGUUUGAAUUAAUAUAUUUCUCUUUAUAGUCCUAUUCAGAGAGACAGAAAUAACUGUCAUUAAAAUAUCAAAUUUUGGUGAUCUUAUUUCAGAUACCAGAGAAAUAAAUGAUGACAAAAAUAUUUGCAGAAAAAUUAGAAUAAAAUUAUCUAUUUUUUUAAUUUUUAAAACAAUAUCAUAAUUACUACUAAUAAUAAUAAGUAUAUAGCAUGGGAACUAGGUAAAUAUUUAGGGGUUUUUAGAAAAUUAACCUCAUCACUAAAACUAGCUAGAAAGAUAUAUUAUUCUUUUUAGACACAUAAUCAUUCUUGAUUUUAAGCGAUUCUUUACUUUUGGAAUAAGGACGUAGUUCAGUAUUUAUAUACAUUUUAUUUGAUGUAACUUGUUUGUGUACAUUACAAAUAUUUUACAAUUAAUUUAAAAUUACUUAAUUCAAGCUUCCCUUUAUACAAAAUCGUAACACUUGGACUAAAAGAUUUUAUUAAUGCAUUUAAUUUUUAGUCCCGAGAAGCAACAAAAUAGCAUAGUCAAUGUGGCUAUUUAAUUGUAACAUCUUUUGUCAUAGUUCCCAAUUUCAUGGAUUCCUGGCAUAUUACCAACCUAUAGAUAUAUGCUACACAAUCUUUAUUUUCUAUGCUAUAAAUAAAAGGAUAUUUGAAUAUUGUUAGGUAUUCAUAACUGCUUGAUAUCAUGAAUAUGAUAGAUCAAGGCAUUUUAUGGUCCUAAGUAGUAGUACAUGUUAUGGUUCUGCUGUUUUAAUAUACUUAUCAAUUUAGUUUCACAUUUCAGCACAUUAUUAAUUUAAUCAACAAGUUAUGAUUUAUUUUAGAUUAUUUGACAAAGUAUUAAUAUUAUCCUAACAUUUUACAGAAUUUAUAUUUUUUUAAAGUUUCUUUGUCAGCUUGGUUGACAGCAUCUUAUUCAAUGAAUUGUGCCAGUACAGCAUCUCCCUUCUUGGAAAUCUACCAUUGAUUGUAGCUAAAUUAAAUUAACACUUCAGGUGCUCAAAAUCAAUAUGACUGAAUGGAAUGUGUCACAGUAGUUGAUUUGAUAGAAAGAUAUUGGAAGCAAAUUCUAAUGAAAAGUUAUUUAACUAUUUUUAUCUUUCAUCUUUAAAACUGUUUCUCUAAUUCACCUCCUCAUAUUCUAAAUAUAUACUACCAGCGUUUUCCAUCUCUCCUUUUGAGCUCUAAAUAUGUAUAAUGUAAUUCUAAUCACUCAGUAUUUAUAUAAGAUAUAGUUUAUCUGUGAUCUUCCAUGAUUCAUAUUUCAUCUUUAAAUUAUUCAUAUACAUUUAAUUGUCUGUGAAAUGAGAAAAAAUGUUUAGCAAUUUUUUUUUUAUGGUUAUUUUAUAAAUUUGAAUGUGGUGCUCUGUUUCAUUCAAACCUUGUU